AUGAAAGUGGACCAGAUGCUGACCAUUGUCCUCUUAAUUCAACAGUCACCACCUCCUCUCUCUCCCUGCCUUAAUUUCAUUAGUUUUCCAACUGAAAACAAGGGUUUUGCAGACACGAUGGAUACGGAGAAGGAGCGAGAUCGCCAUGUUUACAUCGCUAGAAUUGCAGAGCAAGCCGAGAGAUACGACGAGAUGGUUGAAGCAAUGAAAUCCAUUGCAAAACUGGAUGUGGAACUGACUUUGGAGGAAAGAAACUUGUUGUCUGUUGGAUACAAAAAUGUGAUUGGAUCAAGAAGAGUUGCAUGGAGGAUACUAUCAUCUAUUGAGAACAGGGAAGAGGGCAAAGGCCAUGAACAAAAUGUGAAAAAGAUAAAGGAUUACAUGAAGAAAGUGGAAGAUGAACUUGCAGUUAUAUGCAAUGACAUACUUGCAACAAUUGAUCACCAUUUGCUUCCAUCAACAAAAUCUGGAGAAUCUGCUGUCUUCUAUCAUAAAAUGAAGGGUGAUUACUUUCGUUACUUGGCUGAAUUUAAAAUAAGUGGAGAUCAUAAGGAGGUUAAAGAUCAGUCUCUGAAAGCUUAUGAGGCUGCAACAGCUAUUGCUGCAUCUGACCUGGCACCUACUCAUCCAAUUAGACUUGGUUUGGCUUUGAAUUUCUCAGUUUUCUACUAUGAGAUAUUAAACUCCCCUGAAAGGGCAUGCCACAUGGCCAAACAAGCAUUUGAUGAAGCUAUAUCUGAACUUGACAACAUAGAUGAAGAAUCUUACAAGGACAGCACUCUGAUUUUGCAACUGAUUAAGGAUAAUCUCACUCUUUGGACCUCAAAUAUUUCAGAGGAGGGAGGAGCUGGUGAACCUCAAGGGAGAUAAGAAUUAACAUCCGUUUGAGCAAAUAAAGCAACUUUAUGGUUCA